AUUUUGAAUGGUUAUAAGUUUCUAUUUUUCUAUACAACCAAACAAGCGUCUGUGUUUCUCUAAGUCCUGUUCUCCAGAAUCAAUUUGUGUAGCUAACCAAUCCAAUAUGCAUUGCAUGUUUGAUGAAAUACGCAGUUUUCAGAGUCCAGAAGCGUCAGCUGGGCACUUGCAAUUUUGAUUUUAAUAAAUGGGAAAACAUAGCAGUAGUAAAGUGAGUAAGCUGUUAGGAAAUUUGGCUAGUUUCAUUAGAAUAUGCAUACUUCGUGUUUUAUCCAUGGGACCCAUCCCCAAUCAUUUUGCCUUCAUUAUGGAUGGUAAUCGGAGGUAUGCUAAGAAGAAGAACAUGAAAAAAGGGGCUGGUCAUAGGGCUGGGUUUUUAUCUCUCAUGUCCAUGCUUAAGUACUGCUGUGAAUUAGGAGUAAAGUACGUAACGUUUUAUGCCUUUAGCAUUGAUAAUUUCAAAAGGAAUCCUGAUGAAAUUAAAGACCUGAUGGAUAUGAUGCUAGAAAAGAUUGAGUUGCAGGGGAACAAAAUCAUUUUCAACCAAUAUGGAAUCAGAGUAUAUUUUAUCGGUAAUUUGAAACUUUUGAGUGAACCUGUGAGGAUUGCAGCAGAAAAGCUUAUGAGAGCUACUGCCAAUAGCACCAAUUGUACCCUUAUAAUCUGCAUAGCCUAUACUUCGCGUGAUGAGAUUGUACAUGCUGUUCAAGGUUCAUGUAAAAAUAAACAGGAGGAAAUUCAACCAUUGAGCUUUUGUAAAGCUAAUAAUGGUGCCUUUGAAGAAGUGGAGGAUAAUAACAAUGUCAAUGGUGUCAUCCCAUUUGUUUUUUCAGAAUCCCAGGAAGAUGAAGCAGCCAAAUCUCAAGCAACAAUGGCAAGUGUAACCUGCUGUUGUUUGGCUGGAGGAGUUGAAGGGGGUGGCGACAAAAAUAGCAUGGCUGUUCGUGCUGUCCACGGAUCCUAUGAAGAUAAAAGGGAUAACUAUCAAGCAAUGAUGGAAAACAGAACCAGCAACGGUGUGACUCCAUCCGAAGAGAGCGAGAAUAUGCAGGGAGAGUGUUCCAUCAUAAAGCUAGUAGACAUUGAGAAACAGAUGUACAUGGCAGUAGCUCCUGAUCCUGACAUCCUUAUGCGAAGUACUGGAGAGUCCCGCCUGAGUAACUUCCUACUUUGGCAGACUCGUGAGUGCCUGUUAUAUUCUCCACAUGCAUUGUGGCCAGAAAUUGGUUUAUGGCACUUGGUGUGGGCAGUAUUAAACUUCCAACGAAACCAUUCUUAUUUGGAAAAGAAAAAGCAUCAGUUGUAAUGAGUUAAUACUGCAGAACAGUAUCUUAUCACACAUAUCAUGUAAUAAUUGUGUCCUUGCCACUGAAUUCUUCAGAUAGUUGGUAAGCUCGAGGACGUGAUACAGAAAGAUUAAACUUUCAGGAAUGGGCAUUUUUUUGGUUGCAGGGAUGUUUUUCUUAAUCCAGUUCAAUAUAGGUCAGUGAACUAGUGAAACAAUAAGGAAGCUUCCUUUGAUGUAAUAAAUACUUAUUUUCAUAUUAUCAUGAAAGAUCUUGAAUUUGAGAUUGAA